UCGGUGUUCAGCCUUCUGCCCUGCGUCGCCGACGCUCUCCGCUCUGGAUUUCGCCGUGAUGUCGACCGCAAUGAACUUCGGGACCAAAAGCUUCCAGCCGCGGCCCCCAGAUAAAGGCAGCUUCCCGCUCGACCACUUCGGUGAAUGUAAAAGCUUUAAAGAAAAAUUCAUGAAGUGUCUCCGUGACAAGAAUUAUGAAAAUGCUUUGUGCAGAAAUGAAUCUAAAGAGUAUUUAAUGUGCAGGAUGCAAAGGCAGCUGAUGGCACCGGAGCCGCUAGAGAAGCUCGGCUUUAAAGACAUAAUGGAAGGGAAGCCAGAGGCAAAGGAUGAAUGUUGAGAAGAAAGCCACAGGGCUGUGUCCCCUGCCUGGAGCAGAGCUGAGCCCUUCUGCCCGCAGUGCAGGGGGACCUGACACUCAGCCCACGCUGCUCUGUGCAGGGGCUCUCCCUCUCCAUGGGGACUUUGGAACAUGGCUCAGCCCUGCAGCACACACUGAAGUGUUUCCUCUGCUGACUUCGGUUCCCCUCUAGAGAGUGUGUUUUUCUUCCGUCUGUGUGUCACAGGAUCCGUCAGGGCUGAACACCGCUGUGAUUGGAUACCCUGCCCAGUGUGGCUGUCACACCUCAGAGCCCCAGACAGCAUCCCACAGCGACUCAGCCUGUGACAGACCUGAGUCCUUACACCGGAACCUGUCAGUGAAACCAAGCGACAGCAAGAUGUCCGCCUUUUGUGCUCACAGACUCAUAUCAGCUGGCUUCCCUGUCUCUGUUUUCUCCUUUGAACAAAACUGGAAUACAAAGUAGGAAGUGAGAAACGGUUUGGCUUUUGACAUAUUUGACCUCUUGUUUUAAGUGUCUUGAGACAGGGUCUCAAACUCCCUAUGUAGCCAAGGAUGGCUUUAAACUCUUGAUCCUUCUGCCUCGUGUCUGGGGUACUGGGGAGUGGAACCCAAGGUUGCCUACAGACUAGGCAAGAACUCUACGGGCUGAACCAUGUCUCUAGCACACUUUCUUGCUUUUUAAAUUACAUUUUAUUUAUUUA